AUGUCCAGGGAAAAGUCGCCGAAAAAAGGAAGAAAGAAGGAUGCGAUAGAGCAGUUCAUCGGGUCUCACCAGAUGUUGAUCAAACCAGGGUUGUCUCAGCUUCGGUACAUGAUUUUGGCAGAUGGACUCAACGUGCCUGAGGGCUACGAAACAUGCCCCUAUCGAUGCUAUGUUUGGUCGAUUUUAUUGCGAGUGCAGCCCAUAAACACCAACUUCUACUUGGAGCUUGUCAGUAAAGGUCCUCCAUCGUCGUACUCCAAGGUCAGAAACGAUACUUUCCGGACAUUGGCCAAGGACGAAACUUUCAACCGGAAAGUCCACGAGAACUCGUUGGUCAGAGUCUUAUCGGCGUUUGCAUGGACCCAAGAGAAAAACAAUGGUAUUAAUGAGGAAGUUUUGUCACCAUAUGUUCAAGGAAUGAAUAUAUUGGCCGCACCUUUUUUGUUUGUGUGCAAAAGUGAACCAGAAGCGUUUGCUAUGUUCUACAGCCUUUUAACCAAGCAUUUGCCGCUAUAUAUCACCCCAACCCUCGAUGGCGUCUAUACUGGUGCCAACUUGGUGGAUAUAAUCCUCAAGAUUGUCGACCCAAAACUUCAAAGCUGGUUGAAUUCCAAGCUACUUAAACCGGAAAUGUACGCUUUCCCAUCAGUGCUCACGUUGUCGACCUGUACGCCCCCACUAAGCGAGAUCUUAAUCCUAUGGGACUUUCUUUUCGCUUAUGGGUGUCAUAUGAACAUAUUGCUUGUGGUAGCUCAGUUAGUACUUAUCAGAUCACAGCUCUUGGAGUCGAAAUCCCCAAUGUCGCUACUAAGAAACUUCCCUCCGAUCAAGGCCAAAGAGAUCAUUAAGCUAUCCAUCAGUUUUGUCACAAAGAUUCCCUCCAACAUCUAUGAUCUUCUAGUUCGACAUACCUAUGACCCAAGAGUGAAACUAGAGCUCCAACUGUUGGGAUAA